AAGCCCGUAGCCGCUGUCCGCUUUUGCAAGAUAACGGAGCCGUGGCGCAGGAGGGGGAAAGAGAGGGCAGUCGUCUUAUAAGCCACGGCCAUAAACAGAAGGUACCGGAGCGGGAGAAGAAAGAACGAAGAAAUCCCAGCAAAAAAGAAACAACGAAGAAGAAACCGGCGCAGCGAAGAGGGCGAGAUGAGACCGAACGUAGUCACCGAGGCUGGAUUGUCUACUAGGCUAUGUCAAUGGUGGGCUAGUGUUCCAUUCAUCACUUCUGGUGUGGUUAUAUUGUGUGGAUUAAUUUACUUGGUGUGCCUAUUGAGUGGGUAUGACUCCUUUAUCGAGAUAUGCUUCUUGCCUUCUGAAGUGGUUUCACGGUUCCAAGUCUACAGGAUUUACACGUCCGUUCUUUUUCAUGGAUCUCUGCUGCAUGUUCUUUUCAAUAUGUUGGCAUUGGUUCCUCUGGGUACAGAGUUGGAGAGAAUUAUGGGAUCCAUCCGCCUUUUGUAUUUAAUGUUCUUGCUUGCUACAACUAAUGCUAUUUUUCAUCUUAUUAUUGCUUUAGUUGUGGCCCACAUUCCUUUAUACCCUUAUCCAUUUCUGAUGAAUGAAUGUGCCAUUGGUUUUUCUGGAAUCAUAUUCUCGAUGAUCGUCAUAGAGACAAACCUAAGCGGGGUACAAUCUAGGAGUGUUUUUGGACUCUUCAGUGUCCCUGCCAAAUGGUAUGCGUGGAUCUUAUUGGUACUGUUCCAACUUCUUGCAACCAACGUUUCAUUAUUGGGACACUUGUGCGGAAUUUUAUCUGGGUUUGCAUACACUUAUGGAUUGUUCAACUACUUGCUACCCGGACCGUCUUUCUACUAUUCCAUUGAAAGCUCCUCUCUUCUAUCUGCUUGUAUACGACGUCCUGGAUUUAUUUUGUGCACUGGCGGGACUACAUAUGGUCAGCUUCCUAUGUUUUCGAAUGCAACUACAGCAUCCAGUGGUUUAAGCCCAGGAAACAUAUGGAGGAAUCUUUCUUCAUGGAUGCCACAAAGGGAGGUGUCAACCAGUCAGCCAGCACAAGACUCCAGAUUUCCUGGGAGGGGAAUGACUCUUGGCUCUGCACGAAGUCACUCAGCUACUACAGCUGAUUCUGAUAUAAGCUUGCAGGCUAGACUCCUAGAUAAUUCUGCUCCAGAUCAUCCCUUAGAAACAGCACCACCAAGCACAGAACCACGAGCAUCAAAUGGAAGGCAUUUAACUGUAGACAGUGAGAGCAUCGCUCUAUUAGCUGCACAAAAUCAGGGUGUAGAUAACUUUGAAGAAGAGCUCAAGAAACUAGUGGCAAUGGGUUUUGAGAAGACCCAGGCUGAAGUUGCCCUUGCUGCUGCUGAUGGAGAUCCUAGUGUUGCCAUUGAAAUUCUCAUGAGCCAACAGGGUUAAACAAGCAAUAGAAAGAACCACUUCGACAAGUACACCUAAAGCAGUUAAAGUUUAUGUUGUUCUAGACCCUUCACCUUGUUGAGCUUCUCUGCCAGCUCACUAGUUUACCCUUCACAACUAAUUUCACAUUGACUGAAGCUUGUUCAGCAAAUGGUGGUGAUAUUGUCUUGAAGUCAGCCUGAAAAAAGGGGAAGAGGCUUCCUCUGCAAGAAAUCACGGUAUUGUGAUCUGAUGAACUAAAUAUUUUUACUGUCAUUUGUUUGUAUUGUAUCUCAAACUUGUGCCUGUGUUGCUCCAGUUAGGGAACAUUUAACAGUGUAAAGGUUGCAAUGGAAAAUAUUUGUAUUCUCAUGUAUGAUUGUUUAGGGAUGUUCAUAUGGCAGAUAAAUAGCAUAAUUGCAGCCAAUCAAAGCUUGUAGAUUUUACAGACUA